AUGGACCCCGAUGCGCUCCUGCUCGAACCGAGCGCCACCGUCGAGAGCGACCCUGCUCAUCACUCCAAGCCGCCCCCAGACGCCGCCGACGUGUCGUCAUCGUCGUUCGUGGACAAUGCGUCACCCAUCGCCGCCGCCGCCUCGUCUGCCCGUCGUCGUGGGCGCAGCAGUGGUCGGACCAAAUCCGACUCGGCUCUGGCCCUCCCCAGCUUCAUCUGGGACUACUUCGUCAAAGAUGCGAGCGGCAAGUUCGUCAUCUGCACGCUCUGUCCGUCGCAGACGACGCGCUUCGCCUACUCUGGCGGCACGAGCACCAUGAACCGGCACUUGCGCCAGAAGCACCAGAAAUACGCGCCCGGCAAAAGUCCCGCGGACUACGACCGCCACUCAAGAGGCGCGUCGUACCGUCGUCACGGGCACCGCCAGCCAAUCACCGCGUCGUCUGGGGACGGCGCACCAGCUGCUUCAGCUUUUGGACCUGCAACUUCAACAUCGCAGCUCUUGCUCCCGUCGUCAUCGUCAGACGGGACACACCAAGUCGCAACAGCUGGGCCGGGCCACGAUUCGUGUGGUGCACACCAUAAACCCCGCCCUCUCCACCAACUGCAACUGCAACAGCAACAGCAGCUCGUUGAGGAGCUCCGGAUCGCCCGUCGACGCGUCGCCGCCAGCAGCAGCAGCUGUGGCUCCAGCAAUGGCAGCAGCCUCUUGAGCAAGAGACUGGCGAGCGACAACGGGACGAUAAAUGCCGCGCUCGCGUCCGAGUUCGAUGCGGCUGCUGCGUCGUUUGGGUCGAUGGCUGCGACAUGUGCGACAGCCACGUCCGGAGGCGCGUUGCAGUUUCCUGUGGGCUUUGAGCUCCACGACGCGGGAAUGGACGCGGUGGGACUCGUGGAUCCGCGGUUCGGGGACUGUUCCUCUCCGCUCCCUGGGGCAGCGGCUACCACUGCGACGACGACAGCAAUGACGGGGUCUGGAGGACUUGGUGGACGUAGUCGUCGACUUUGUGCUGGAAGUGGCGGGACUUGUAGUGGCGCUGCUGGAGGUCACGGGACUGUGGGAGCUUCAGCUGCUGCUGCUGCAUCUGCUGUGAGUCUCAAGAUGUUGACGCAUCGACUGCUGCAGUUUCUCAUUGCACAGUACGAGCCACUGGACGUUUCCCACGUGAGCGCCGAGUUGGGGAUGCUGUUCAUGGGCGGAGUGACGGAGUGGCCGAAGAUGUCUGGACCUCAUUGUUUUGGAUACGGAGGAGCUUCUUCAGGGUACGGUGCCAGCUACGGCAUGGGUUACGCUGGUGUGAAGCUGCCAUCGGAAGAGACCUUGAAACUCGCUUUGGCAAACCUGUACUACUCGCAGCGAGGGAUUCUGAAGGAGGUGGUAGCAGACGUUGAAGUGUUGAGUUUGUCACUGAACAACUGGACGUCAGCGUUUGGUCAAAACGUGCUCAGUGUCAGUGGUCAUUGGAUUUCUCGGGGAUUCCGACGUCGGGACUGUGUACUGGAAGUAUACGUGCUACCUCUGGAUGAACGCGUGAACACCAUCGCGCUGCUACGAGACGUCAUGGAGAAGUGGGACAUCCCAUCGUCGAAAGUUGCAGCACUGACGAUGCGUCCUCACAUACCUACGACGAGUAGUGCACGCGAAGACGACUUGGCUACUCUACAGUCAGCUGCAGAAGUGCAGGCCGAAGCACAGGCGGAAGCAGAUGCGAUCCAUAGCGAGUAUCCAGGUCUGGCUGUUGUGAGAUGCUUUGUGGAGGAGUUAGAAGGCGCGGUCUCGAGCGGAUUGCGUGCGUGCGCCGAUCUCACCCGUAGGUGCCGCACGUACGUUUCGUAUUUCAUCCAGAACCCGUCCGAGUACCAGAUCUUUCUCGCUCUUCAGCGCAAUAUGAGCGAAGAGGCCUCCGCGACUUCUGCAGCUCACACACAAGCAGCGUCCUUUGCUGCGACAGCGGACGGCGUCAGUGUAAGCAUCGCGGAGAGUGGCAACGCAACGAUAGGCGACGAGUUAGACGGUGUCAAGGAGGGUCAAUCCUCGUACGCGGCUACGGAUGAUGUUACUUCUACUGCUGCGAACUUUCGCACUGCUCCAUUGACGUCUUCGUCAAGUAGCAAAUCUAGCGAGGCAUUGCCCGUGAUCUGCGAUUUUGACGACCGCUGGAAUUCCACGACAGAAAUGAUGUGUCGCAUUGUCCAGCUGGAACCGAUGCUUUUGCGGUACAAAAUGGGUCUCGAAAGCGAUACGAAUCCGGCCCGGAGACCCAUGCAGCUUCGAUUCGUGUGUUGCGAGUUGUCACCUGAAGAGUGGGCAACAUUGAAGCAACUUGCCCGACUUCUUGACCGCAUCGAAGGGUUGGUGCACGUUUCGCCGCAUGUGUACGCGGGGUUGUCUCUUGCGUAUCCGCUAUUACAUUCGCUGAAGAAGCAUCUGGCAGAUGCUGCUACAUGGGUGACCGAUCCGCUUGUCGCAACGGUGCGUGAUGCCAUUGUCACGAAUCUCAACAUGGACCUCUGUUCGUCCGGCCAGACUCCGUCGUCUGCGUACUUGUCGUGUCUAUUCGAUCCUCGCUUCAAGACGUUGCCGUUUCUGUCGACAUUAGAGAAGGAGCAGCUCGUCGAUUCACUGUACGAGCUUCUCGGGGUCCAUGAGAAGGAGAACGUCACGGACGACAGUCGAGAUCACCUCGAUCCGGCAGCAGAUGAGAACCAGACAGACGAACAGAAGAAACAAGAUGGAAAUGGGAAUGCGUCGAGUGUCCCAGUUGCUGAUGCUGCUCUACCGAACAAGAAGACAGCAGCUCUUUUGCACGAGUUUUUCCCGUUGGAUGAGCCCGCGACCGAGAUCGAGAAACUCAAGGCACAAGUGCAACAGUACUUGGAUUCCCCGUCCUUGCCAGCUACAGACGAUACUGAGCACGACCCUCUCGAGUGGUGGGGUCGUUAUCGGCGCUUGUUCCCCUCGCUCGCUCGUCUUGCGAAAAAGUAUUUAUGCAUCAGUGCCGUGUCGACUCCUUUUCAAGAGGCGUUCACGAACUACGGGCAACUGAUGCGGGAGAAGAGAGCUCGACUCGAUAUCGAGGUGGCCGCUCAGGUCCUUUUUUGCCGCAGUGUCUUGCGAAUUCCAGAGAUGGAGCGCAUUGGAGUGUAA